CUCACAUUCAGCUGAGACCUCAGACUCACUCACACACAGCUCUGCCUCAGCGGCUCUGCCACAGCAGCGCCUCUGUCUCUCGCUAGCAGUGCUACCCGAGACGUACAUGGAGAUGGACAGUGAGCCGUCGACGCCGAGCCAAUCCUCCUACUUCACCGGCUGCAUGGCCUCCCCGGCGUGGCUGCCGGCCGUGCACCGGAGCCCCGGGCGGUUCCACCUCCUGUCGCGCGAGGGCGGACGCGACAGCGGGCGGCGGGCGUGGAGGCGGCUGCUCAGGCGGCUGGUGAGGAAGAGCGCCUGCUGCCCCAGCCCCAGGGCGCCGCCCCCCAUGAUCACCUUCCAGUACGACGCCGCCAGCUACGCCAAGAACUUCGACGAAGGCCGCCGGCCCUCCUCCGCCUCCGCCGCCGCCGACAAGCCGGCCGCCGGCCAGCUGAUCGACCCUGCCGAGCGCCUCAGAUGACUCCUUGAUUUUCCUCUGAUUUUCCUUGUCGUCGGUUCGCGCGUAGCUGUUGUUCCUGGGUGGCGGUAGUUGCGACGUCGGUUUCCAUGUCUCGGCGGAAAAUCGCUGCUUGUACAGAAGAUGCAGACUGUUCUUGUCGAAAUGUGACUCCCUCUCGAGUCU